AUGGGAAAUAAUUAUGUGUGCCCAAAUGACUCGCUAUUGAACCAAGGGAAAUGUUACAGGUUUUCAGCUUCUUCUAAAACUUGGAAUGAAAGUCAACAUGAUUGUGCAAAGCUACAGGCAUAUUUGCCGGUGACUCAAAAUUCAAAAGAACUGGAGUUCAUACAGAAAAGUUUAAAAUCUGGACAACCUAGUUGGAUUGGACUAUAUCGUACAUCCCCAGGAAAACAAUGGAUGUGGAUAAAUGAACAUUUUGUGGAACAAAAAAAAAAGAAAGAGAAGUAUAGUAGCCUGGGCGAGAAGCGAAUGGAUAUAAGGACUAACCUGGAGAUAGGAUACCCAGGACUUGCUGAUACACUCUGCCUUUUAUCUCCUGGUUUUUCAAUGACUGGACCAGUUGAUAACAUGAGCUGUGCUGUCAUAACAAGAAAUCAGGUGUAUUUUGAAGACUGUGACUCCAAAUUUAAUGGCAUUUGCCAGAGAGAUGUUGUCUGA